GAAGUAGCAACAGCUAGCACGAUAUGUCGCCAUGAUAUAGACCACCAUGAGCCCCGCUUCUGGGGGAUUUAUUUUCCCCUAUGCACUUUAGUGAUGGCUCUUCUGCACUGGCAACCCUUCAAGGGCACCUACGUGCUUGCCGCACUGGGCUUCGAGCUCCUGCGACUCCCCCUUUUCAUCGUCAAGUACCUCACCAGUUACGGCCGCCAGCACCCCGAAUGGACAUUUCGUCAGGCACUGACUACGCGCCUCAUCUUCGCCUUCGUCUACCACGUCGCCAGCAUCCAAGUCAACACGUCGACUCCACUCACACCGGGCGCCGAGAAGGAGCGCUUCGUGCGCAUCAAGCCUGCGGGUGGAGACCAGUACAAAGGGCCCCUUCGCAUCAACAACGAUGUCCAGCCCGUCGAGAUAGGUGCGACAUGGUACCCGGCGCCUCUGACCGCAUCGUCCGAUAAGACAAACCUCAAAGUCGUCCUGCACAUUCACGGCGGCGCAUACGUCUCGGGCGACGGCCGCACCCAAGCAUCAGGCUACUUUGCGAAGCUGCUGCAAAAGCACAUUGGUGCGACCCACAUCCUCAUGCCGCAAUACCGCAUCUCCUCGCUCCCGGCAUCGAAGACAUCGAACCCGUUUCCCGCAGCCCUGCAAGACAGUCUGACCGCGUACCUCUACCUGCUGAACGACCUACGCAUCUCGCCCUCAGACAUCAUCCUCUCGGGCGACAGCGCGGGCGGAAACGCCUCCAUUUCUAUCCUCCGCUACAUCAGCGAAUUCGGGCAGGAGCUGAAACUCCCAAACCCAAGCGCCGCACUGCUUUGGAGCCCCUGGAUCGACCCCUCGGACACGUCCGGGUCUUUCGUGACCGACAACCCUAACUAUGUGACCGAUUACCUGUCACUUCCCUUCACCCUCUGGGGUUCGGACGCGUAUGCUGGCGCCGCUGGGAGAGCACUUCUUUCACACCCAUAUGUCAGUCACAAGGGCAAGACGUUCAAGACAGAGGUCCCGAUUUUUGUUAAUACAGGGGGUGGGGAAAUUCUGUACUUCGAUGAUUGCGAGUGGGCAGGGAAAAUGAAGGGGGAAGGGAACGAUGUCACGUUGGAUGUCGAGAAGAAGGUGCCUCAUGAUAUUCUUCUGCUUGGAAAUAUAAAUGGCUUCCAUGAUGAGGCCACGGCAUGUGCGAAGAGGGCCGGUACGUGGCUAAGUAGCAAGAGGAAGUAGGCGACUGCUUUGCCUGACUCUGUUGAUGACGAGGAAGGUAAAGCAGCUGGGCUUGGCAGGGUAGCAUCAUUCGAGAAGCACAACAUCAGAAAACCAUGAACCCACACUGACAACCUCAGUUCUUGAGUCAGUAUUCCUUUGUGAUGUUCGUGCGUUUAGCUGUCCUCGGCAGGAUUGCUGUCAACGAAGAUUCUUCGAUAGUCUGUAUGAGAUGAUGAGGAGGGGUUUGAAGAUGCAGGCUGAGAAUGAGGCUGUGAACGGGCAAUGAAUGGUCAAUUGUGAAAGAGGAACCUUUAAGGUGGAUGGAAUAGACGCGACACGACUCUGUAGAGGAACCCUAGAUUGGUAAAGCAUGUAUUUCUAACUAGAGAA